AUGAAGGUCGCUGCCUCGGCGCUCCUCGUUGGAGCUGCUUCGGCCGCUGUUGGAACCCAGCAGCAACAGGUCCUGAAGUUCCCCGACUCGUUCAGCGAGCUCAAGGAGUCCUCAUGGACCAAGCCUCUCCAAAACCUCGAGGAGAGCCUCAAGUCGCUCACCGGCGAGGCUCGCGCCGUCUGGGACGAGGUCGCCAUGAUGUUCCCCGAGAGCUUUGAGAAGGCCGCUUUCUUCUCCGAGCCCAAGCCGCACACGCGCAAGGCCGAUAGUGAGUGGGACCACAUCGUCAAGGGCGCCGACAUCCAGAGCGUCUGGGUCGAGAACGAGAACGGCGAGAAGGAGCGCGAGAUCGACGGCAAGCUCGAGCAGUACAGCUUGAGGGCCAAGAAGGUCGACCCCAGCGUCCUCGGCGUCGACAAGGUCAAGCAGUACUCCGGCUACCUUGAUGACGACGAGGAGGACAAGCACCUCUUCUACUGGUUCUUCGAGUCGCGCAACGACCCCAAGAACGACCCCGUAGUGCUCUGGCUCAAUGGCGGACCUGGCUGCUCCUCGCUGACUGGUCUGUUCAUGGAGCUCGGCCCUGCUUCCAUCACCAAGGACCAGAAGGUCAAGCACAACCCCUACUCGUGGAACGCCAACGCCUCCGUCAUCUUCCUUGACCAGCCCGUCAACGUCGGAUACUCAUACUCGAGCGGCUCAGUCAGCAACACUGUCGCUGCAGGCAAGGACAUCUACGCCCUGCUCACCCUCUUCUUCAAGCAGUUCCCCGAGUACUCUCACCAGAGCUUCCACAUCUCGGGAGAGUCGUACGCCGGUCACUACAUCCCCGUCUUCGCCUCCGAGAUCCUGUCCCACAAGAACCGCAACAUCAACCUCCAGUCCGUCCUCAUCGGUAACGGUCUGACCGAUGGCCUUACUCAGUACGAGUACUACCGCCCCAUGGCCUGCGGUGAGGGUGGCUGGCCCGCUGUCCUUGAUGAGUCUCAGUGCCAGUCCAUGGACAACGCCUACCCCCGUUGCGCCAGCCUCAUUGAGAACUGCUACAACUCCGAGUCCGUCUGGUCCUGCGUGCCUGCCUCGAUCUACUGUAACAACGCUAUGAUCGGUCCUUACCAACGCACCGGUCAGAAUGUCUACGAUGUCCGCAAGCCUUGCGGCAGCAACUCUCUCUGCUACGACGAGCUUGACUGGAUACAGGGCUACCUCAACAAGAAGGAGGUCAUGAAGGCCGUCGGCGCUGAGGUCUCCAACUACGAGUCUUGCAACUUCGACAUCAACCGCAACUUCCUCCUUCAGGGUGACUGGAUGAAGCCCUUCCACCGCGUCGUUCCCGGCAUCCUCGAGAAGAUUCCCGUCCUCAUCUACGCUGGUGACGCCGACUACAUCUGCAACUGGCUAGGUAACAAGGCUUGGACUGAGGCGCUUGAGUGGCCCGGUGCCAAGGGCUUCAAGAAGGCCGAGAUGGAGGACUUCAAGAUCGACGGCGACGGCAAGACUGUUGGCCAGGUCAAGUCCAGUGGCAACUUCACCUUCAUGAAGCUCCACGCUGGUGGCCACAUGGUUCCUUACGACCAGCCUGAGGCGUCGCUUGAGAUGCUCAACAGGUGGUUGUCUGGUGACUUCUGGGAGUCGUAG